AUGGAUCUUGAAAUAUCAAAAAAAAUCUUAUAUGAAAUAUUAAUAUCAAUAGCUUUUGCAGGUGCAACAACUGGCGGAUUUUAUGCACUUAUUCGUGGUAAUCAAUCUAUUAUUCGUACUUCUUUAUCAACCGGUUUAAAUUGUGGUAUUUUUGGAACUGUAUUUUUCAGCAUCAGAGAAUCAUGUUUAUCAUUUCAAAGAAACAAAAAUGCUAUUUAUGAGAUAAGUAAUGCAAAAAUGAGAGACAUUGACGAAUUAAUUAGUAGUUCUAUGGCCGGAGGUGUGACAGGUGGACUUUUAUCUUCGAUAGCUCGAAUAAUUCCUGGAUUUUUGACAUUUUCUUUAAUGUGUGGCACAGGUCAAUUUGUAUAUACUAAAUUGUAUAGAUUGAGGCAAGAUUUGAUUCUUAAAUCAGAGUAUGACAAAAAAUCACCUGUUGACAAUUCAAAUCAUGCAACUAAUCAAGAUAAUCAAAAUAAUGACAAUAAUACAAUCAGCCUUACCAAUAAUAUAGAUCAACAACUUAGUAGUAAUGUAAAAUCAUUUGAUUCAUUUGAUCUUCCUUCCAAUAAUGACAUGGUUAUAGUUUCGGAUAAUAUUACUACCACUGAAUCAACCACAAUACUUACAUCUUCAACAACAGCAACAUCUUCACUAUUGUUAUCAACGGAUGAAAGAGAAACUAAAAGACGUAAAAUUGAUCCUCCAAUAGAAUUAUUAGCUGGUAAAGGCAUCAGAUCACAUGCUCAAUUCCUGGUCGAAUUACCAGAAUUUUCAUCAAUUGAUUGGAAAUCAAUAAGUUUCAUUUUGAUCACCAAUCAUAAACAAAUGUUGGCAUUACCUUAUAUCACCGAGUAUACUGAUUUUAAAGGAAAAAUUUAUGUGGCAGAACCUACUGUUUCUUUUGGUAGAAAAGCAAAUAUAUUCACUGGUAUCACAAAAGACUUGAAUACUGCCAGAUCUUUAUAUACAAUAUCAGAUAUUGAAUCUUGUAUUGACAAAAUUCAACCUAUAAGAUUUAAUGAACAUUUGAUGUUGCAUGAAUUACAAGUUACCGCUUAUAGUUCUGGGCAUUCAUUAGGUAGUGCCAAUUGGCUGUUAGAUUGUGGAUAUGAAAAGGUGGCUGUUGUUUCAACGUCAUCCACAGUGCUAAAUAUUCAUCCUUUGCCAUUUGAUAAGACUAUAUUGGAUAUUGCUGAUGUAAUUGUUAUGUGUGAUUUAUGUCAAGGAAAAAAUGGGAUGCAAUUUGAACAUACGUUACAUAAAAUUGGAGAAUCUGUUGUAAAUACAUUGGCAACAAAAGGUAAUGUUUUAUUCCCAUGUACACUGAAUGGUGUUAUAUUUGAUAUAAUUGAACAUCUAGGAAAAUAUUUGAGGGCAAAAGGAUUCCAUAGUGUUCCCAUCUAUGCUGUUUCACCAGUAGCUGAAGAAUCAUUAAAGUACUCAAAUAUAUCUGGUGAAUGGAUGUGCACAGAACGUCAAAACAAGAUGUAUUUGCCUGAUAAUCCAAUGUUUCUAAAAAAUAUGAUUGAUCAGGGCCUAUUAAAUUAUGCUGCUCGUUUUGAUAGUUCACUUCAGAAAAAAUAUCAAGAACCUUGCGUUGUUUUUGCUGGUCAUCCCUCUUUACGUAGUGGUGCCGCAAUUAGUUUUGUUAGAAAAUGGGGCACAUUAUCAUCAUUUGAAAAUUUACAAAUAGAAUCAACUUUUAUUCCAAUUGAUAUACGACUAACUGUAGAUGAUGUAACCGAGAUGUUGUUAAAAAGUUCAAAAUUAGAACCUCAACAUAUUUUACUACCGAAACAAAUAAUAACUGAUAAUGAUAAAUUGAUCCAUAUUCAAAAACAAUUACCUUCAUCAAUGAUUACUUUAUAUGAUUAUUUGGAUGUUGUUGAUAUUACAAUAAAUUCUCAAUUUUUAAGAGCUACUAUUUCAGAAAGUCUUGCAAAAGAGAUUAAACAAAUAAAAUAUGGUGACUUCAGUUUUGCAUCUAUUAAUGGAACUUUUAAAGUUUUUAAUAAUCAGUCUUCAAUAAUUAACACACAAAAUAAUUUAAAUCAACAAAAAUAUAUUUGUGGAAAAGUUAAAGUUUCAGAUUUAAUUUAUCAAAUUAAUGAAGAAAUUUUGGGAUGUCAAAUAUCCUCAAUACAAGAAGAUAGACGAAAUAAUUCAUUUGAAAUAAUAAUAGAUUCACCAAAAGCAAUAAUCACAUUCAAAGAGAAUAAAUUUAAUAUAGAAACUAAAGACAAUCAAACAAGGAUUAAAUUGGUCAAAGUAUUAACAAGUCAAUUAAAAGUUUUAUAA